UCACAAACACGGUGGGCGCUGAGGGGAGUUGUCGAAUCCUAGUAUUUGAGUAAACGGGACGCACAGGAAAAUGGCACCCAGUGUUCGGUCACGGCGCUUCGGGCAUCUGUGUUGGUUGUUGUUUUUCUCUGGAUUACUAGGGACGACAAACGGUCAGGAAGCAUCUGGAUCAGGACCUUGCCCAGAUGGAUACGUUCUGUUCGAAAACGUCUGCUACAGAGCCUACAAGGAAUUCAAGACGUUCGCCCAAGCCGUGCAGUGGUGUGAAGCGGACGGGGGGACGCUUGCCAUGCCUAAGGACAGAUCCGUGGACAUGUUCUUCACCGGUCUCAUCAUUGAUCUGUCUCCAAUGACCGAUGCUUGGAUCGGAUUGAGGAACGAAGGUGGAACGUGGACGUGGAUGGACGAAGCCGGCACCACUGUGAGCGAGUGCGGGUUCUCGGCGUGGGACGAGGCGAACACCGCUCACACUGACGGAAACUGUGGGUACAUCAAGUUCACGUCCUGGUAUAAAUGGGCCGACUCCUCGUGUAACACGCUCAAGUCUGGGCUCAUCUGCCAGAUCGGGCAGCAUGAGUCGAAUUGUGGAUCAACUGAUAGCUGCACGGACCAUCCCGAGGGAGUUACCAGUGGAGACACUUGUUAUUACGUCAAUACCGGAUCAAUGCAAACGUACGUGGGCGCCACGGAUGCAUGUGACGCCGCCGGUGCCUCCGUGGCCAUGCCGAAGAACGCAGGGAUCACUUUCCUCCUCAUGGGCCUCGUCAUCAAGACGAGCCCCUCCCGCUCAAUGGACCACUGGAUCGGUAUUGACGACAUGUCCGAAGAAGGACAGGAAAUUUAUCAAGACGGCCUACUGAUCGAAAGAUGUUCUUACUCCAAUUGGUUGGGUGGUGGUAGUUCCGACAACGAAAUCAACAAAGACUGCGUAGUCCUGAAGGGGUCCGCAUGGAUGGACUGGAGUUACCUCGACUGUACACGUUCGGUAAUGUACAUCUGUCAGCUAGGUCCUGGGGACAACGAAGGCUGUAUUCUACCCACCACGAUCCCCCCAACGACGACGGCGCUACCUACAACCACGGUCCCGACUACUACCGUGGCCGACCCCACCACCCCGGCGGCGGUACCCAGCACCCACCCCCGCCUCGACACAACCACCAGCACCGUCCCGCAGGCCCCGACCACUAGCCAGGAGGACCAGACCACAACCCUGCCGGGCGAUGGACAACAGGGGAAGCAGGAGUCCGGCGUUGACCAGGGCGCGCUGGCAGGAGGUGUGGCCGCCGGUGUGGUGGUCGCAGGCGUCGGCAUUGGCAUCGGAGUGGCUGCCUACAAGUUUAAGUGGCUUGCAAAGGUGUCCCCUAAAUGAUAGCAGUGCUACAUGUUGUAUUACCUCCAUUUCUACUACUGGCUGAGAAUUUACUGCGACCGCUCAGCGACCAAACAUCUAACAAAUCACUCAACAAAUUUCCUAGAUAAAGGACUAAUCUCUUUCACGUUUUCCAUGUCUUGCUGUCUUUUGAAAUAUAUGAUUUUUGAUCCAGCAUCAUUUCCGAUCAUGAAAUUGAGGGUCACACAAAUCAAAUGUUGGUCUCUCUAUGGUCGCUCGGUAAUCGCCGUCUAAUUGAAAGGGGUCAUAAAGCUUGGCUUUUCCACUGCAAGUAGAGAAUAAGUCACAAAGUAAUGCCUUAGGGUCACAGUUCCGAACCAGAGUCCACGAUCGGGCAGCUUUCGGGAACAAAGUAUAUAAUAUAAAAGACACCAAAAUACACAAAACGUAAAAGGAAAGUUGUAUGUAUGAUUUUCGUUUAUUUCUAGGUAUACAAUUUUAAUUUUUCGUUUCCGAAAACAGCCUGACCGGGCCCGGUUUGUAAAUGUA